UAGGAAGAGCACAUUUCAAACCUUUGGGAAAGAAGUGUGCCUCAUAGAUCAUUCGAUGUGUCCCGUCCCCAGCACUGUUCAUCGAGAGCCCAUCUGCUGUGAGUGCCAGGCCAAAUUCGGGGGCUGCCUGCCAGUGCCCAGGGUCAAGGCGGCGUUGCCUUACUGGGUUCCUUUGUCCUUGAGACCCCGAAAGCAGAUCCAAAAGAUGGUCCGGUUUCCUAUCCCCAAAACCUCCGAGGCAUGCCCCUGCCCAUGCCACCGCUUUGGGGGCCGCCUCCCGAUGCCUAGGGAUCAGGCCGUGAUGCCCUACUGGGUGCCCCAGGCCCUGAGGCCUCACAAGAAGGUGGUGAAAAGGCAGCAGAGUUGUAAAGGCAUCCAAGAACCCGCCCUGGACUUGCGCUCCUGGUACAACCGCUGGCGGAUCUGCUGUGACGGGCGCCUCCUCCUCAAGUGGCAGCAGCUCCAGGCCCUUCACCAGCAUGAGCCACUGGCCCCAGGGAGGGGAGUGAGCCCCCCGGCCCCCCUCGUGCCCUUCAGCCUCCUGACCCUCCUGCAGGCGGUCCUGAGGGUCGUGGUGGCCAUUCGCCACUUGUUUUGGGUUUGAAGUUGGAGUCUUCAGCUACUGCCGAGAACAUCAACGAAAAUGUCAGUCAUAAUCGAGGUCUUUAACGAAAGCCGUCAAGUCAGGAGGAGUCUGUGAUAAGCCACCAUUUUCUCAGGUCCUAUAACUCACACCAGGGUUGGGUCUAAGUUCUUUCUCAUCAGGCAGUGCUCCGUUGUGCUGCUGCUGCUGUGGAUGCGGGUGAGACUCUGGCGAAUGUGGCCAAUAAAUGUUAUUUAUGAAA